CAAUUAACUUCAUUAACUAUUCGCAUCCAGACCAGUUCUACGUAUUCUUUUAAUUAAAAAGUUCUAGUUCCAUUUUUAAAUAUUUGCGUUAAAAUGUGGAGCGCUUGUGUUUUGUUAUUGCUCGCAGCAUCGAGUGCAGCAAAUGCAUCAUCCCGGAGGAAUAAGCGGCAAGACUAUUGGAGUUGGGGACUGGUAGAGGAUAUUGAGCCAACAAAUAGUCAACUAGUGUCCGCGACUCCGACCGACGAUGAAGCGAAUGCGUGUCUACCGUACACCUCAACUAUGCCUGACUUCUACAAGCCAGGGCGGCGAAUAAGCGAAACCAAGUGCUUCGAAUAUGAUUGGCAGAUAAAAGACCAAGAGGAGAGAGAUCAAAAGGAAAAGGCGUGUUUGGCAUACAGAAGAAGAAAGGCUGGCUUACACUCGUUUCGGAACCUAGUCGUCGGUGGCCGAAGGGCUCUUCAAGGCGAAUACCCUCACAUGGGAGCGAUAGGCUGGAGAGCCGUAGAAGGGACGUGGGUCUUCAAAUGUGGAGGGGCUCUAAUCAGCCCCCGAUUCGUACUGACAGCUGCACAUUGCACCAAGUCCUCACGGGAUCCCACUGUGGCUGAAGCUGCUCCGAAGAUCGUGAGGCUGGGGGCGAGGAAUAUACUUGAUACUCCUGAACCCCACGAUGAGCGAAUCACUAGAAUCAUCGUCCACCCCUACUUCACGGCUCCUCGCAAGUACAACGACAUAGCUCUACUACAGUUGUCCAAAGAUGUCGAGUUCUCAAGAUACAUCCAGCCGGCUUGCUUGUGGACCUCGUUGAAUACGAGCACUAUUUCUGGAGCUACAAUAACUGGAUGGGGUGUUGUGGCGGAAGGUAGUCGCGAUUCAUCCCCAAACCUUAAAACUGCCGAGGUGGACGUCAUAGAACCCACCACCUGUGACGGGCUACUUCGUCGCUACUGCAACCGAAACUGGUGCGGGCUAGACCAGGCCCAGAUCUGCGCUGGGAAACCGUCGGGAGGGGUCGACACCUGCCAGGGGGAUUCCGGCGGGCCAUUGCAGGUGCGAGCGGGGUCACUGACCUCGGUGGUGGGCGUGACGUCAUUCGGCUUCGGCUGCGCGCGCGCCGGCGCGCCUGGCGUCUAUACCAAAGUUGCAGCGUUCAGAGAGUGGAUCGAACAACAUGUGUGGGGAUAGGCUUUGAAAUAUCAUUUAAUAAAAUAUUUUAUAAAUUA